GUUAAUUUCAAAUGACCGUGGGUGCCUCGUAGGCUGAGAUGACUCGAGGCUUCCAGGAAUAUCUUGUGUUAUGAACUCUAAAUGGCUCCGUUGUAUAUUUAAAAAGCAAGCUCCUAGCGUGUAUUUACUUUGUUUUCCCUGGGCUGGUGGAGGAGCGAGUUAUUACGCUGCUAAAUGGGGCAAAAACUUCCCUGACAAUAUUGAAGUUUAUGGAGUGUGCUUGGCGGGAAGAGAGAAUCGAUUUUCGGAGCCGUUCUGCACGGACUGGAAAGUCCUUGUGGAAGAAAUUUGUCGUGAUAUCCACAAAGACUUGGAAAAUAAACAGUUCGUUUUAUGGGGGCAUAGUUUAGGUGCUGGAAUUGCCUUUGAAACAGCGAGAUACUUAAAGAAGCACUAUGGAUUGGAACCAUCUCAUCUCUUAAUAUCUGGUACCUCAGGGCCUGAGGUUCCCAGAACAUCAGCUGGUGCAUCUCGGCUAUCUAAUGAACAGCUUGCCGACAAGAUAAAACAUUGGGGAGGAACACCACAGGCUAUUCUUGAUAACAAAGACAUUAUGGAUAUUAGUGUCCGAAUACUAAGAGCUGAUCUCACUCUGUUGGAAAAUUACAGAUUUGUUCCCGACAAUAGUGAUAUGGUUGUGCUGUCGUGUCCUAUAACAUGUUUUGAUGGUAGCGCCGAUCUACACCACCAAGAAGGUUGGAGUCAGGUAACAAAUGGUGCAUAUAACAGACAUGUGAUAUCUGGAGGACACUUUUAUUUCAUGAAUAACCCCAUUAGUGAAAAAUCUCUCUUGGAUCUUAUCACGUCAACGGUACUGCAGAAACCUUAAAGGACUUCAUUAUCAGCUAAGCAUUCCAUAAAUGAGAUUUUUUUUUCCAAAUAAAAAGAUUUUAAAUUCCU